AUGGCCAAACAACAAGAGAAACCCAUGGUGAGCUUUGAGGGUGGUGAUGGUGUCUCUGCCGUGGAGGAGCAGGUACGUAGUAUCCCCAGCGCAAGCUGUCUCAGACGCGGAGAACCAGCUCGCUCCAGAUCCAUUGCUAACGUCCCUGGUCUGCAGGCAGAGGACAUCGCUGCUCCCGAGAGCGAGGACGAGGACGAGGAGGUGGCGUUUGGGGAGGACGCAGGAUCAUUCAGGAGUGGAGGUUGCGUCUCGGAGUCGGGUGGUGCUGCUGGUGAGCAGGUAAGCGAAAUUCCUCGUAUACGCACAAAACCCAUCCUUCACACAAUUUACUGACACGUCUCUCUUGCUACAGCGGGUUGGGAAUGCUGCUGAUGCAGUGGUGAUGUGGGGGCGAGAUUGCGUUGAAGAACGCACGCUGGGGUUUCUGGGGGGGCUUGAGAUGAUGUGGGCAUUUCCAAGUGUGGAUGCCAUGUUGAGGGUAAGUAGCGCUUCUCACAACAACACGCACAAUAGGAUACUAACUCUUGGAUAUAGGGGGCAAGAUGGGGGGAGAUGGAACGGCGUCUCCCAAAUGGACGUACCUCGAAGAGACCGCUCCCAGAGCAUCGCAGAGAACACGGUCAGAUUCAGCUCAAGAUGACCGAAUCGGAACUUCUCCGAAUUCGUGAUGGAGCCUGGCUGUCGGGCAUGCGUCUCGACACCUUCGCCGCGGAGGAUAGGAACCUGUGUGGGAAGCCCAAGGGUGUUCGAAUCACCCUUGAAGAGUUCGCCCGUCUGUGCGAACUCCGCCGCGAGUCUGGUGGGAGAGUCCCAGCAGCUCGAUUGGGCAGACUCUCAGGUCCUUCCGCCGACAUAAUUCGUAGAGCCAGCAACUAUCUCGGGCAGAGAUUGGAGGCUAAGCGCAAGCUUGCCUGGCUGGAAUACGAAGACAAUGGAGGCAGGGUGGAGACCAAGAAGCGCUGGGAGCAGAAGCACGAGGAGGCCGUGCCGAAGAGGGAGAAGAAGCGGCGGGCGCUUGCUGCUGGGAAGGCUAAGGCGAAGGCGGAUGCUGAGGCCGAGGCUCCUGCUGGCAGGGCUGAGACUGAGGCGGAAGCUGGAGCUGGAGCUGGAACAGCACAAGGUGAGGAGAGGGGUGAGGAUGGGGAGGCGAUGGACGUGGAUGUCGUCGCGGAUGAGGUGGAGGAGGAGGAGGAAGACCUUUACGGUGCUUCCCCCUAA